AUGCCUCUCGACAACUUCUGCGAUGCGGUCGCGCUUGGGCUGUUGCUGAUAUGUGUAGAUGCAGCGCGCCAAGCUAAGAAGCACAGCAACGCCCGCGAGGCCUCCGAGAACGGCGCCUAUAAUAGCGCCCGUGCUUGGGGGAUGAUCACGUACAGGAAGCGGUGGGCGGAGCAGGUGCUCGAGAGACUGUGA